AUGACGUUGCUACGUAUGGAGUGUGCGGUUUGCGGUGUUUCUGCUCCUCUCACCUGCACCCGGUGCAGACUGGUCCGCUACUGCAACGGGGAGCAUCAAAAGCAGCACUGGCCAAAGCACAAACGCUGCUGCAAACCUUUUCGGGAGGAGCAAGACCCCGCACUGGGACGUUAUUUGGCCGCCACCCAGGACAUUCAAGCCAAACAGAUCAUAUUCGUCGAGGAGCCACUAGUUGUGGGACCUAAAUGGUUUCUGACCGAAGGCGAAAAGUCAGCCACAAUUGUGCCAUGUGUCGGUUGCUUCACGCCCUGUCGCCUGGGCAAACAUCAGUGUCGCAACUGCCAUUGGCCAGUGUGCAGUGUUGGUUGUGCACACGAGAGUCUGGAGUGCAGCAUUCUCAGUCUUGGCAAUGCACCUGGAGCCAAAGCGGAUGCGCGGGGACAGCACGAUUACUUUCGCCAUGAUGCACUACUGGUGUUAAAGUGUCUGUUGUUGCAGCGCUCCCAGCCGGAGCGCUGGAUGGCAUUGCUGGAGAUGCAAUCACAUGAAGAGGAGCGUCUUGGCACGGAGUUACAAUUGGAGGCGGAGCAGCGCAUUGUAAGCUACUUGCAACAGCGAUUUCUACGCCGUCUGAAAUCGAACACGAACAAGCAGAAUGUGCUCAGCAACUAUGAGCCUGAGCUGUUGCAUCGUCUGUGUGGCAUAAUUGAGACGAACUACAUGGUCAUUGAGCUGGCCACCGGAGUGGAGCUGAGCGGUCUGUUCCGGCAAGCUUGUAUGAUGGAACACGCUUGUCAGCCUAAUUGUUACUUUCAGUUCGAUGCAACCACGCAGCGCAUUGCGGUGCGCGCUGGAUGUGAUAUUAAGAAGGGCGACCACUUGAAGAUCACAUACACAAACAUAUUGUGGGGCACGCAGAUGCGGCAGCAUCAUCUGCGCAUGACUAAGCACUUCAGCUGUCGUUGUCCGCGCUGUGAGGAUCCCACCGAAUACGGCAGUUAUGUAAGCGCUAUGCGCUGCCUGGGUGAUGUGUCCAAGACGUGUGACGGUCUUCAAUUGCCGGUCGAGCCUCUCAACGAGCAGACGCAAUGGAAGUGCGACACUUGCCCCAUGCUGGUAGAUGCCGCCUAUGUGACUGAGGUGCAGACCCACAUGACAGAGGAGGUGGAGAGAUUGCUAGCCGGCAGUCCUACAGCUAGUGAAGUGGAAUUGCUGUUGGCGCGUCUCUCGCAAUUGCUGCAUCCCAAUCACUUUCACAUGUUCAAUUUGAAGCAUACACUCAUACAGCUAUAUGGGCAUGAACCGGGCUUGGAAUUGGCUACGCUUACCGAUCUUCAACUCGGUCGUAAGUUUAGGCUCUGUGAGGAAUUGCGCAAUGUGUGUCAUCGACUAGACCCACAUAGCAUCAAGUUGGCCAUUUACGUCAGCGUCAUUUUGAUAGAGAUUGCCCACACACUAGAGGAAAAAGCACGUAGAUUGCCUGCUGAAGCGAAAUUUCAACUGGAAUUGGCUCAGUCACAUCUGCAGCAAGCGGAAGAGGUGUUGGAAAAGGUGCAGGACUCUGUGGCUGGCAAAAAGCUGAACGACAGGCUGCAGCUGGAUCUAUUCGAGCUGGACAAACUGAUGUUGGCCAAUAGCCACAGCCAAACACAAACGGCUGUUUAACUAGUAAAACAAACAAUCAUUUAUAAUAUGGACAAUACAUUUAAUUUGUUUACAUUUA